AUAGUAAAUCUAAUAAUCACCUUGUCGGCAGGUAAUUUCGAAAAGCGUUUCCAGUUUCAAUUGAAACACGAACGCGCGAACCUCGCAGACUACAUGGCUACCAAAAAGAGCAAUGAUUUCGGGUUGGACAACCCUGCGUUCCAGGAGACUAAGGAUGAUGUUGAUCUUAAGAAGAUCGACAAGCAGUUUUCGACGAAGAUCGAGAUCGAGGAAGGAGACCAGAGUCAGGAUAGGGCGCAAUGGGGCAACGGAUUGGAGUUUCUGAUGUCGUGCAUAGCGAUGUCGGUGGGAUUAGGAAACAUCUGGCGAUUCCCGUUCACCGCUUACGAGAACGGCGGCGGAGCCUUCCUCAUCCCUUACAUCAUAGUGUUGCUGCUGAUAGGAAGACCAAUCUAUUACAUGGAGAUGGCGCUCGGACAGUUCAGCAGUCGCGGUAACGUUAAAGUCUUCGAAGCGCUUGCACCAGCUUUGAAAGGUAUCGGUUACGGACAACUGAUUGGGACUAUAUGCGUCGCCACUUACUACUGUUCGUUGAUGGCCAUAACCAUAUUCUACCUUGCCAACUCCUUCACCUCGGAACUACCUUGGUCCACCUGCAAAUCCGAGUGGGCCGAAGAUCUCGAGUUAAAUGGAAUCACCUGUAUUCCGAGCGUGAAUAAAGGGAACGGGACGACUCACGGAAACAGCAAAGGCUCCUCAGAACUCUGGUUUACAAAGGAAGUGCUGAAGGAAAUACCUAGUAUCGAGGAUGGGAUCGGCUUACCGGAAUGGCGCUUAACCCUUUGCCUUCUCGCCGCUUGGAUUAUAACUUUCGUCGUCUCGAGGCGAGGAGUCCAGAGUUCAGGAAAGGCCGCGUACUUCCUCGCAUUGUUCCCGUACGUCGUCAUGAUAGCGCUGCUAAUUAGGGCCGCUACCUUAGAUGGCGCCGCCGAAGGUAUCCUAUUCUUCUACAGGCCCGAAUGGAGCAAGCUACUGUCUGCAGAUGUCUGGUACGCUGCUGUUACUCAGUGCUUCUUCUCCUUGAACGUCGGCUUCGGCUCAAUCACUAUGUACUCAUCGUACAACAACUUCGAACAUAAUAUAAACAGGUAAAUUUUGAUUACUU